CAAAAUGAGUUUUAAAAAGGCUUGUCCAGGAAGCACAUAUAGGAGCUGGUCACUCUGCAUUUUGGGCCCUCCUGGAGGUGUUUAGACCUUCGGAGAGAGAAACUGAGACACAUGAGAGGGAAGAAAUGACUCAGUGGUGAGACCCUGUGGAGUCCCACCCACAACCAGCACACUGUGACCCACUGCACAAACCUCUACCCCACAGCUCACUUCCUCCUUUACGAAGAGAAGAGAAAAGAAAAGAAGAGGAGAGGAGAGGAGGGAGAGAAAAGAAAAGAAAAGAAAAAGUGGGAAACAAAUAAUCUAAGAAUGAGGAGAAAGCAAGAAGAGUGACCCCCUUGUGGGCACUCCAUUGGUUUUAUGGCGCCUCUACUUGCUGGAGUUUGUGUAAAACAAAAAUAUUACGGUCUUUGUGCACAUUUACAUCAAGCUCAGCCUGGACGGCACAGCCAGAUGCGAGAUGCUUCUCCGCUGAUCUGAGUCUGCCUGCAGCAUGGACCUGGGUCUUCCCUGAAGCAUCUCCAGGGCUGGAGGGACGACUGCCAUGCACCGAGGGCUCAUCCAUCCGCAGAGCAGGGCAGUGGGAGGAGACGCCAUGACCCCCAUCCUCACGGUCCUGAUCUGUCUCGGGCUGAGUCUGGGCCCCAGGACCCACGUGCAGGCAGGGACCCUCCCCAAGCCCACCCUCUGGGCUGAGCCAGACUCUGUGAUCAUCCAGGGGAGUCCUGUGACCCUCAGGUGUCAGGGGGGCCAGGAGACCCAGCAGUACCAUUUAUAUAGAGAAAAGAAAACAGCACCCUGGAUUACACGGAUCUCACAGGAGCUUGUGAAGAAGGGCCAGUUCCCCAUCCCAUCCAUCACCUGGGAACACCCAGGGCGGUAUCACUGUUACUAUGGUAGCCACACUGCAGGCCGCUCAGAGCACAGUGACCCCCUGGAGCUGGUGAUGACAGGAGCCUACAGCAAACCCACCCUCUCAGCCCUGCCCAGCCCUGUGGUGACCUCAGGAGGGGAUGUGACCCUCCAGUGUGUCUCACAGGUGGAAUUUGACGGCUUCAUUCUGUGUAAGGAAGGAGAAGAUGAACACCCACAAUGUCUGAACUCUCAGCCUGGUGCCCAUGGGUCGUCCCGCGCCAUCUUCUCCGUGGGCUCCGUGAGCCCGAGUCGCAGGUGGUCGUACAGGUGCUAUGCUUAUGACUCGAGCUCUCCCUAUGUGUGGUCUUCACCCAGUGAUCUCCUGGAGCUCCUGGUCCUAGGUGUUUCUAAGAAGCCAUCACUCUCAGUGCAGCCAGGUCCUGUCGUGGCCCCUGAGGAGACCCUGACCCUGCAGUGUGGCUCUGAUGCUGGUUACGACAGAUUUGUUCUGUAUAAGGACGGGGAACGUGACUUCCUCCAGCUCGCUGGCACACAGCCCCAGGCUGGGCUCUCCCAGGCCAACUUCACCCUGGGCCCUGUGAGCCCCUCCCACGGGGGCCAGUACAGAUGCUACGGUGCACACAACCUCUCCUCCGAGUGGUCGGCCUCCAGCGACCCCCUGAACAUCCUGAUUGCAGGACAGAUCAGUGGCAGAACCUCCCUCUCAGUGCAGCCAGGCCCCACGGUGGCCUCAGGAGAGAACGUGACCCUGCUGUGUCAGUCACAGGGAUGGAUGCACGCUUUCCUUCUGACCAAGGAGGGGGCAGCUGAUGACCCAUGGCGUCUAAGAUCAACGUACCAAUCUCAAAAGUACCAGGCUGAAUUCCCCGUGGGUCCUGUGACCUCAGCCCACACGGGGACCUACAGGUGCUACGGCUCAUUCAGCUCCGACCCCUACCUGCUGACUCACCCCAGUGAGCCCCUGGAGCUCGUGGUCUCAGGACCCUCUGGGGGCCCCAGCUCCCCCACAACAGGCCCCACCUCCACAUCUGCAGGCCCUGAGGACCAGCCCCUCACCCCCACCGAGUCGGAUCCCCAGAGUGCUCCGGGACUCGGCUCUGGUGCAGGAACAAGGGCUGCAGGUCUGGGAAGUCACCUGGGGGUUGUGAUCGGCAUCUUGGUGGCCGUCGUCCUACUGCUCCUCCUCCUCCUCCUCCUCUUCCUCAUCCUCCGACACCGACGUCAGGGCAAACGCUGGACAUGGACCCAGAGAAAGGCUGAUUUCCAACAUCCUGCAGGGGCUGUGGGGCCAGAGCCCACAGACAGAGGCCUGCAGAGGAGGUCCAGCCCAGCUGCCGAUGCCCAGGAAGAAAACCUCUAUGCUGCCGUGAAGCACACACAGUCUGAGGACGGGGUGGAGAUGGACACUCAGCAGAGCCCACACGAUGAAGACCCCCAGGCAGUGACGUAUGCCCCGGUGAAACACUCCAGACCUAGGAGAGAAAUGGCCUCCCCUCCCUCCCCACUGUCCAAGGAAUUCCUGGACACAAAGGACAGACAGGCGGAAAAGGACAGGCAGAUGGACACUGAGCCUGCUGCAUCUGAAGCCCCCCAGGAUGUGACCUAUGCCCAGCUGAACAGCUUGACCCUCAGAUGGGAAGCAAUUGAGCCUCCUCCAUCCCAGGAAGGGCCCUCUCCAGCUGUGCCCAGCAUCUACGCCACUCUGGCCAUCCACUAGCCCAGGGAGGGACGCAGACCCCACACUCCAUGGAGUCUGGAAUGCAUGGGAGCUGCCCCCCAGUGGACACCAUUGGACCCCACCCAGCCUGGAUCUACCCCAGGAGACUCUGGGAACUUUUAGGGGUCACUCAAUUCUGCAGUAUAAAUAACUAAUAUCUCUACAAUUUUGAAAUAAAGCAACAGUCUUCUCAAUAAUCAAUGAAGUAGCUGAGAAAACUAAGUCAGAAAGUGCAUUAAACUGAAUCACAAUGUAAAUAUUACACAUCAAACGAUGAAACUGGAAAACUACAAGCCACGAAUGAAUGAAUUAGGAAAGAAAAAAAGUAGGAAAUGAAUGAUCUUGGCUUUCCUAUAAGAAAUUUAGGGCAGGGCACGGUGGCUCACGCCUGUAAUUCCAGCACUUUGGGAGGCCGAGGAGGGCAGAUCACGAGUUCAGGAGAUCGAGACCAUCCUGGCCAACAUGGUGAAACCCUGUCUCUCCUAAAAAUACAAAAAUUAGCUGGGCGUGGUGGUGGGCUUGCCUGUAAUCCCAGCUAUUUGGGAGGCUGAGGCAGGAGAAUCGCUUGAACCGGGGAGUCAGAGGUUUCAGUGAGCCAAGAUCGCACCACUGCUCUCCAGCCUGGCGACAGAGGGAGACUCCAUCUCAAAUUAAAAAAAAAAGAAAAGAAAGAAAAAGAGAAAAAAGAAAUUUAGAAGAAUAACAAGUUAUUCCAAAUGAAGGCAUAAGAAAGGGAAUAAUAAUAAUAAGAGGAGUUGUUCAUGAGGAAAAACCAAAGCUUGAAAAUUCAACAAAGCCAGUGAAGCUCAUUCUUGAAAAUAUUAAUUACAGUCAUAGAUCCUAACUACAAUGAGCAAGAGAAAGAAAGAGCAGGCACGCAUUUCCAUAUGGGACUGAGCCAGCAGAGAGCCCUACAGAUCCUACACACGUUUUCAAAAACUAACAAUGGAACAGGCGGCAAACCUAUGCCAAUAUACUAGAAAUUGCAGAUUAAAUAGAUGAAAUAUUCUAAACUGGAGUUUACGUAAUGAACAUAAGAGUAAUCAGAGAAUCUGACUCAUUUUAGAUGUGUGUGUGUGUGUGUGUGAAAAACAUUGACUAUAAUAAAAAUGAUCCCAUGGU